CUCAUCUCCAACGUCCUCGCCUUGUCUGCCGUCAUUGCAUCAACCCACCAGGACAAUGUUCCUCCAACGCACAGCCUUCGCCCUCGCCCGGCGCACCCCUGCCCGGGCCAUUGCUGCUCGCCCCUUUUCCUCCUCCGUCAGCCGCUUCAACAAGAAGUAUGAGGUGAAGCAGGAGGGCAAGAUCCUUCCCUUCGAAGAGAUCAAGACCGAAGACGACCUCAUCCCCCCGGGUGCUAAGGCCGGUACCGUCCCCGUCGAUAUCGAGCACGCCACCGGUCUCGAGCGUCUCGAACUGGUCGGAAAGAUGCAGGGCAUUGACAUCUUCGACAUGAGACCCCUCGAUGCCUCUCGCAAGGGAACCCUCGAGAACCCCAUCAUUGUCCCCGGUGCUGGUGACGAGCAGUACGCUGGUUGCACUGGUUACCCCGCCGACUCUCACCAGGUCGUCUGGCUGACCGUCUCCCGUGACCGCCCCAUCGAGCGCUGCGGCGAGUGCGGCAACGUUGUCAAGCUCAACUACGUUGGCCCCUUGGAGGACCCCCACGCCCACGACCACGGCCACGAGCACGGCCACCCCCCUCACGAGGAGCCCAAGACCUUCGCCGACUUCGUCAAGCCUGAGUACUGGUACCGGUAAAUAUAAUUUACUACUACAAUAAAUGGAGCGAUUGUUCUUUCCUUUUCCCUUUUAGUUGCUACUUUGAUCCGGAGCAAAGACACCCAGUGAAGUGAAGCGAAAUAGAAGACAAUCCGACCUCAUAUCUGUAUGUGUACAUGCGGGCAGGAGUCAAGUCAGAGAGACGGGGAGUGUGUGCGAGAGAGAGAGGGGAGGAGAAAGAGGAGUUCUGUACAAGAGAUGACAUUUUUCCUUCAUCAGGAUAAGCUGCUAGUUUGUAUCGUUCAUGAAACCAGUUCCGUUGUAUCUGCUUCUUCCCUCUUAUUCAUCAUUAUGCUCUAGACGAUGAUAUCACCAGUUUCUUCCCCCCAUUACUAAUCUCUUUCUCUCCCUCACAUUCUUAUACCUUUUAAUUCCUCCCUCAUUCCUCAUCUUGCAUUUAGUAUACAGUCAUCUUAAAUAAAACCCACACAACCCAAUUCCUACUG